CAUCACGCGAGCAGUGUCAAACAUGGCGGCGCGCGUCAUUGCACGGUGUGUCCGGUCACUUAACCAACGUUCAGUAUUUAUUAACCGUUUCAAUAAUGCUGCUAUAUUAACAGCAACUCCGCUCACUCACUGCCGAACAUUCUCACAGCUGACUUAUGGACACAAGUCUUUGCUGACGCAGAUCUCUGCCAGUUCGCUUCACGUCUCUCAGUGGAGGCAUUAUGGUGAUUUGCCCCCAUUGUCGCUAGAGACUAUCCGUGAUCGUGUUCUCUAUGUGCUGAAGCUGUAUGACAAGAUCAACCCUGAGAAGCUUCAGGCUACAUCUCACUUCAUGAAGGACUUGGGAUUGGACAGUUUAGACCAGGUGGAGAUCAUCAUGGCCAUGGAAGAUGAAUUUGGUUUUGAAAUUCCUGAUGCUGAGGCAGAAAAGUUGAUGACACCACAAGAGAUUGUUCAGUACAUCGCAGACAAGAAAGAUGUCUAUGAAUGAGAAUGACAAAUUAUUGUGAGUUUAAUUACUAUUCAAAUGUUAAAGACAAAUGUAAACAGAAAAUUCUGUAAUUCUGUUCCUGUUGGUGCCACUUCAGGUGUGUUUGUUUUUCCUUUUUAUUCAGGUAAAGAGAAUUCUGUCACAUGAACAAAUCUGUGUUCAUAAUUUUUUGAUAACAUUUUUGGUGGCUUGUGAUUUUCAGGUCUACAUUAUUCUCUGCUAGGUGCAUGCACAAGCUUCUUAUUUAAACUUUAAGAGUGUGAAAAUAAUGUGAAUAAUUCAUAUGAAUACCACAGUAUUAAAGACAGUAAAUCACUUUAAAAGGACCUCAUGUAUGUGUCUCUUCAGAUGUAUGAAGACCAUUUAAACUAUACCAUCUUUGUCAGUGGGACUGGUCCUUUUAUUAAAAAAAAUAUUGUGGGUCAAAUACAAAUUAAGCUCUAUCUACAGCAUCUGUGGCAUGCUGUAAAAUACCACAGAAUAUAAAUUCAACAUCCCUCAGUUUGUAAAAAAAAUUGGAAAGUCACUUGCAAUAGAAUUCUAGGCUUCUAUUGUAAGUGCAUAGAUGUUAAUGUGUUCAUGCAUAUGUAUAUACACAAUUCUUUACUUUUUGACAUAUAAAUCUUUGUAAAUCACACACACACACGAAAAAGAAGUCAAAACCUAAAAAUGUUAAUAAGAAUGCAGCAUCAAUAAGAGUGUGGUAGAGUACCAGAAGUUGCUAGAGUUUACAUUUAAAUGUUGUAGUGGCUUUAGCUAUGAUCAGUAGGCCAUGAUAAAGCACAUAGGCACUUGCAAAUUCAUAGGUUCUGUUAAAAUAAGUGGAUCCCAUAACCAUCAUUUAGGCAUCCACUUAUUUUAACAGAAUCUGUUAAAAAAACAAAUUUUUUAACCACUCCGCAGAUUUCAUAUUAGCAAACUAUAGUUUUGGCAAGUAAUUUAGGACAUCUACUUUGUGCGUGACACAAGUAAUUUUUCAUUUUGUAAAUUGACUAUAUCACAGUUCCAGUGGGUCAGAAGUUUACAUUCACUAAGUUAACUGUGCCUUUAAGCAGCAUGGAAAAUUCCUGAAAAUUAUGUCAAGCCUUUAGACAAUUAGCCACUUAGCUUCUGAUUGGAGGUGUACUGAAUUAGAGGUGUACCUAUAGAUGUAUUUUAAGGCCUACCUUCAAACUCAGUGCCUCUUUGCUUGACAUCAUGGGAAAAUCCAAAGAAAUCAGCCAAGACCUCAGAAAAAAAAAAUUGUGGCCCUCCACAAGUCUGGUUCAUCCUUGGAAGCAAUUUUCAAAUGCCUGAAGGUACCACGUUCAUCUGUACAAAUAAGAGUACGCAAGUAUAAACAACAUGGGACCACACAGCCAUCAUACCGCUCAUGAAGGAAAUCCAUUCUGUGUCCUAGAGAUGAGUGUAGUUUGGUGUGAAAAGUGAAAAUCAAUCCCAGAGCAACAGGAAAGGACCUUGUGAAGAUGCUGGAGGAAACAGGUAGACAAGUAUCUACAUCCACAGUAAAACGAGUCCAAUAUCAUCAUAACCUGAAAGGCUGCUCAGCAAGGAAGAAGCCACUGCUUCAAAUCCACCAUAAAAAAGAAAGACUACAGUUUGCAAGUGCACAUGAGUACAAAAAUCUUACUUUUUGGAGAAAUGUCCUCUGGUCUGAUUUAACAAAAUGUAACUGUUUGGCCAUAAUGGCCAUCGUUAUGUUUGAAGGAAAAUGGGUGAGGCUUGCAAGCCGAAGAACACUAUCCCAACCGUGAAGCAUGGGGGUGGCAGCAUCAUGUUGUGGGGGUGCUUUGCUGCAUGAGGCACUGGUGCACUUCACAAAAUAGAUGGCAGCAUGAGGAAGGAAAUUAUGUGGAUAUAUUGAAAGAACAUUUCAAGACAUCAGCCAGGAUGUUAAAUUUUGGUCACAAAUGGGUCUUCCAAAUGGACAAUGACUCCAAGCAUACCUCCAAAUUUGUGGCAAAAUGGCUUAAGGACAACAAAGUCAAUGUAUUGGAGUGGCCAUCACAAAGCCCUUACCUCAAUCUGAUAGAAAAUUUGUGGGCAGAAUGAAAAAGCAUGUGCAAGCAAGGAGGCCUUGUGAGAAGCUUGUGGAAAGAUACCCAAAAUGUUUGACCCAAAUUAAACAAUAUAAAGUCAAUGCUACCAAAUACUAACAAAGUGUAUAUACAUUUCUGACCCACUGGAAAUGUGAAGAAAGAAAUAAAAGCUAAAAUAUAUCAUUGUCUCUACUAUUAUUCUGACAUUUCACAUUCUUAAAAUAAAGUAGUGAUCCUAACUGACUUUGACAUGGAAUGUUUUCUACGAUUAAAUGUCAGGAGUUUAAAUGUAUUUGGCUAAGGUGUACGUAAACUUCUGACUUCAACUGUAACUACAAAAGACUAUUUGGUGUGUUAUAGCACCACCUAUUGGAAAUGUUUGCCAAGUCCAGAAGAAGAGUCUUUCAACGCACUGCAAGACUUACAUGCACGCCCCGUCCCCUCCAAAUAACCGUUGGAUGUCACAUUCACACACGAACAGAGCUUUAGAGAGUGCUACAAAGUUAUAUUAGGACAUUUUCCAGCACUUUAAACACUAAUCAAAUUAGUCAAAUUGUUCCACUACAAUCAUUAACACACCACAAAUAAUAUUAACAACGGUUAACAAUGCUGGAGAAAAUGCUACUUUCACAUUGUUGUCUAAUGGAUUAUACAAUUCCACAUUUGUUCAUGGAUUCCUGUAGUGACAGUUCAUAGGAUUAAAGCAUAGUCUCAAACAUAGAAUUUCCAUUUGAACUGUUAUUUUUGAUGACAGAAUUAAAGGCGUAAAUGUCUAACAUUUUCUGUGUUAAAAAUAUUUAUCCUAUACUAGCUUAAUUUGCAGAGACAACUAUUAGUAAGUCAUUCAUGGGUACAUUUUUAUCGAAAACUGUUAACACUGUUUCUGUUGCUAUGAAAAUGGCUGUUUGUUUUGAGAGACCCGCCCCAACAACAUGGCUAAACCAAUGGCGUGAGUUGGGGGCGGGACUGUGUCUUUGUUUGACCAACGGCAGACGAGGGGCGUUUUCAAAAAGCUGUCUUGAAAAACAACGUUUAUUUCUGCAAUUCAGAUUGGUGGCGCUAGUAGCGCAAAAACAUACUUCAGCCAGAGAUAUUCUGUACAGAUAUGUCAACCUCUGCGCUUUUACUCUUUGUUAGUCUUCUCUGGCCAGUCAUAUAACGGCUAACGUUAAUGGACCGCGCUCUGUGUUUUCGACAUUUCGACGUUUUUUUAUUAUUCUUUCCACUCUCCGUGUAGAACAAAACAGCUUUAUAAGGUUACUGUUAUGACUGGAGUUUAAAUGUGAAUGGUCAUGAUUUCUUACAUACAUUGCUUAAUUACAAUUCAUGUCUUCAGGAGUAUUUAUUUUUUUUUUUUAACGAGGAAUAAAAUUACCGCGUGCACCUUAAAUAAAACGUAGGCUACAUGUAAAUUCUGCAACACAUGCGCCACCGAAUGGAAUUAUUUAGAUAUAGCUUUCUGAAUACACCCUCCACCAGCAGUUGGUCAAACAAAGAGACCGUCCCUCCUCCAAUUCACUCCAUUGGUUGUGGAAUGUUGUUGGGGUGGGUCUAUGCUGCGGGCCACUCAAAACAAUUUUAUAGCGCCACAGAGACAGUGUUUACUGUUUUCAAGAAAAUUAACCCAUGAAGGCUUCUAGUUGAUUCUGCACAAUAAAGGGAAAGUUCACCCCAAAAUAAAUAUUCUCAAAAUGUUCUCUUAAAUUUACUCACCCUUAUGUCAUCCUAGAUGUGUAUGACUUUCUUUCUUCUGCAGAACACAAACAAAGAUUUUCAGAAGAAUAUCUCAGCUCUGUUGGUCCAUACAAUGCAAGUGAAUGGUGACCAGACCUUUCAAGUUCCAAAAAUCAUAUAAAGGCAACAUAAAAGCAAUGAGAGUGAGUAAAUGAUGAGAGAAUUGUCAUUUUUGGGUGAACUAUCCCUUUUUACUCGGCUGUGUAAAGACGCCUUUUUAGACGUGUUUUCAAGACUAGAAAGACUGUACAGUCGUCAUUUCCCACCUAAGGCCUACACUAAACCUCACCGUUAGCUUGGAUUAACUUUCAAUAAGAUAUCCUGCAUAUAAUACUAUCUCGUGGUUCAUGGAUAAACAAGUCAGUUUCAGAAAUACACAGCUAAACUGUGUUUAUGUGAUUAUCUUUAUUCUAGACUUUUUAAUUGAGUGAUGAUGUGACAUUGCAGUAAAAUCAGACUUUUUUUUAUUUAGCUUUGAGGUUUACAUAUAACUUUAGAUUGAUAAAAUGUAGCUAUCAAUUAAAAGAACUGUGGUAGAUGUUGGGUUCAACAGAGGUUAGAUUUAACAGAACCUCUUAGCUUGCUCCUCUGGUCUUUAGUGAGCCUAUGUUUCCUUUUCAGGUGUAAUAAAUCCU